AUGAAAAAUAUCCUCCUUUGUAAAGCUGGGGUACAGUAUUGUCUUGGUGGUUGGGCAGCUCAAAUAAGAUUAAUUGAUAGGAGGACCAGCAACUUUAAGAUUGUAAGUAACAAUGUUGCUGGUCCUCAGCUUUGGUCAAACCCAAUCAGAAAGACUCUUGCUGUCAUAGCAAUUGAAUGUAAUAUGAACUGCCACAAUUUGGUGAGUUCGUUGGCCUGUCUCUGGGACCAGAACAGCACAGUAAUAGAACACAAAACCAUUGAGCUGGUCUGCACCACCAAGAUAUGGAAGGACAAUGUGGUGUACAGAGUCCGGACUUCUUUUGACAGCAGGCAUAUUCGAGCCAAUGACCUUGUUGUACUUGAACAUCUGAAGGAGUACGGAUAUGUUAUAAAGUUCUUCUCUCAUUCUGUCUUGGGAGAGACUAGACUCUUUACCAUAGUUGAUUGUUUGCAAGGUUCCAACAUACAAUUUUCACCUAAAAUGACAUUCAGAAUUAAAAAUCAAAAAUAUGUAUUUGAAUUAAAUCUCAAAAAACAAAAACAGCUCAAAGUGUGCUAUAUUUGGUAUGGUGAUAGAAGUUUAAACAUAGUUCACUUACCAAGCUUAGAAUAUUUCUAUUCUAUUUUAACUCUAGAGAAAUAUUUUGAAGAUGAAAGUCUCAUUAUCAACCUAGGAAACCAUUUUAAUUGCUGA